ACUACUCGAUAAUUUGACCAAAAAAUAGCAUCAAGUGUCAAUAAAUCUUUUUAUUAAUUCAAUUUAUGAUGAAUAAUUACAAAUUUACUUAUAUAUUACAUUUUUUGAAAGGUAAAUGUCAUUAAUUUAAUCUAAUAGAUGUAGAGCCCAUAAUCAUUGAUGAUAAUUACCAUAACUGACGUACAGGAGCAGACGACAGCGGCGCGAACGUAAACAAACCAUUGGGGGAGGCACCUUCACAAAAGAUAAUUGAAUGCUUUCAUCUGAACAAAAGAAGCCCCAAUGUAACAUAGAGUUGCAAGUGUGGGUGACACUGGGAUGGCUCUGAUAUUUGAUGUAAUUGUGGUUCUCACUGCAAGUACACUUAUUGCAGCUCAGAAUGUUACACUACCUCUGACAACAGCAUCCCCUUCUGCACCCAAAUUAAAUAAACCUAUUACAGAUGCAAAGGUUACAGCAUUUUCUCCCUUAUCAAAUGAAACACAUGACACAAUUACAUUAAUAAAUGUUUCAGUACCUUUGCCUCCUACAACAACUUCAGGUGUUAAAACAACAACAACACCAUCAACGACUAAGCCUUCUGUAGUAACCACCACUUACUAUACCAGUACAGUUCCAACCACAAUAAAAACCACCACAUCUACAGCAGCUCCCCCAACAACUCCCAAAACAACUUCAACUGUAUUUGUAACAACAACAACAACAACAACAGUGAGAUCAACUACAGUAUUUCCCAGAAACUCUUCCACACCAGCCAUAUCUACUACUGAAAAUGAUGAGACAACCACUACAGAGCUGCCAUCUACAACUCCAGUGCCUCCAGAAGAACCAAAUGCAUGGCUUUCUGUUUUUCUGUCAGUGUUCAUCCUUCUAGCUGUGAUACUACUCAUUGGUGUAGCUGUGUGGUUCAUUCGUCGACGUCGACAGUUAGAACGGUUACGUCAUCAGUUGAUGCCCAUGUACAAUUUUGAUCCAACAGAUGAUGUAGAUGAUUGGGAAAACCAACUUCUAGAGGAGGAGAGGUCUCUAAGGCCUGAAGCAGAUAAGGUGCAGAUGUAUACUGGUAACUCCACUUUUGAUCCUAGUCAAAGAGCUCCUUCAAAUAUGACAUCAAACGACUGACACUGUUAAUCCAAAGUCAUUGUAUUAAGUGUUGUUUCAUGGAAUGGUUUUUACCCUGAGUGUAAGUCAGUCAGCUGAAGAAAUGGUUCUGCAGCAUCAUGAGUUUAUAGCAGCCAGAGUUGUUAAAAGGUUGUGAUGCUUAAUUACUGGAAUCCUUAUAUUAAGGUUUGUCCAAUUAUGUCUGAAGUCCAAGUACCAUAUAUUGUUUACAUUCCUUUGUGUUGCAAUUUUAUGAUAAUGCCAUCUUCUGUAUCAUUCAUAAAAGGAAUGUUGUAGCAUUUAUAAACCUUUGUACUCUAUGUAUCUUAAGAUUCAGUUAUUUUAUUCAUGGAAAGAUAAAGGGAUUUAUGUAAUAUGUAGAAGUACUGAUUGUGAUAUUUGUCACAUUAUUUUACUAGAGUCACAUUAAUGGUGCCAAAAGUUUUAUGUGGUUAAAUUUAUGUUCUUUCUAUAUUUUAGUCAAGAACAUUUAGUGAAAAACUUGGAUUUGCUCGACACAGUUGCUCUACAUGUAUACAGUUUAACCAGAAUAAUAUAAUUUUAUUUGUGAAUGCAAAAUAUCAUAAGAUAUUAUGGUUAAUAUUUACUUGUUAAUAUCGAAAAGUUAGUGGAUGUGAUUUAAUUAAGAGCAAUAGAUGGUGAGCAUGUAAUGCAGCUGAAGGUAACUUGUGUCCAUAUAAUUGUGGUUUUGUAUCUUGUGUAUAGAAAAUAUAUAGUUAUGCAUAAGUACUUAUUCUCUCAGUUUUCCAUCUGGAUAGCUGUACUUUCUGCUCUAUGAGGCUAGUGCACGCUGCUGUAGACAAAAACAUUUUGUAACAAAGAUAUUUUGUUGAAGAAUAUCCAGAUUAUUACUUCUCUCUGGAUCACUGCUGCACUAAUGCACACUGCUUUUGACAGCUGUCAGGUUAAUUAUCAGGAGUAGUGUAUGCCAAUCAUGUAUCAGAAUACAGAGAAGCAAUCAUUCUGUCAAUAUUUAACAUAUAAUUCAGUAUAAAUCACACUACUUUGCUUGGAGCAAUGUACGACCUGCCUAAAAGUAUCUGUGAUCUGCCACUUCAUGCUGUUGCUUUUUUUCUUACACAAUUAGUAGCCAACUUUGGGUUUUUUAAGUUUAAGGAUGACCUUAAGAGGAACAGUCCAUUUUUUGUAUGGCAAAGCCUGUGUCACACAUGAUUGUAGUCACAUAUCUGUUGUAAUGCUGUUUGAAUGUAAGCGGGUGUCCACAAGAGCGGUCUUUCAUAAGAACAGUUUUAGGCUUUUGAACAGCAUUUCUGUAGUAUUUUAAGGACUUUUUAUUUUGGCAAUAUUCUCUGUGGUGUAACAUGUGUAUUCUUUAUAGCAGUAUUUGAGUGAAAAAUGACCCCUGCGGUGCAGCAGCAAUGGGUUAUGAUGAAACCCAAAUGCCAUUGGAGCGAGUGAGUUAAUUUACACAACAACACAAGUAAUUUUUCUCAAACCAUCAUGAAUUUGAAGUUCCCUCACCAGAUUGACUAGGUAAUGGUAUACAAAUUAGUAUUUGGAGGACAUCAAAAGCAACAUUCAAAGAAAUAUCCUGUCCACUUACAACUGUUGUUUUCUCACUAGUAAUUUGAUCAAACUUAUCUAAAUGCUGUGUUCCUUCUUGAAAUUGUAGACAUUUACAAAGAAGUAAUGGAUAUUUGCUUAGUUCCCUUCUGAAGACAAACUGGGAAAAAGAAUUUUUUCAUCACCAAAUAUUGGAGCUAAAACUUAGCUUAUUUUGGGUUUUUAUGUCAAGUGUUUAAUGUAUUUACAGGAUUAAGAUUUGAUGAUUGCAUUUCUCUUCAGGUCAGCCCUAGGAGAGCAUUUGUUGAAAUUCUGUGUUCUGUUUAAGUUAACAUGGUAAUGACACAUGAAAAUUUCAUUAGAUACUAUGAUGGAAUGGCCAAGUAGGAACUGUAAUUUAAUGAAAAUCCACAUUGUGAUUUUCUGUGAUUGGCUAGUGAGACAAAAAUAGUUCUCCCAUAUUGUGGAGGAUAUUUUUAAUAUGAAAUAAGUAAAUGCCAUACUGUGAAUCAGUAUAGCAGAAACAUUUUUUUGCUCCCAUAUAUCGCAAUGCUAAUGGUAAUUUUGUUACAUACUUGUUGUUAUAUCAUUUUUUUAAGUUAUCAGAAUGUUGCCUAAAGGAGUAAUGAAAAUCUCGGGUGUUAUCUAACUUUACAGCUAAUCAAAGUUAUAGUAUAUUAGGAUUCUCUACCAGUUUUGAAGAAAAUUUUCUUUUUGAUUCCACUGUGUUGUGUGUGAGAUGAGGUGCUGUUAUUAUAAUUAGUAAUGAGGGAUGUUUCAAAAUCCCUCCAGAAAAAUUCCAUCUGCAAGACAUUGCUCCUUGAAGCCAGAUGAAUAAAUUCAUCCAAAAGUUUUUUUGGUGUGAUGAAUUCUCAAGAUUGAUAUUAAAUGUUACAUUCAUGUACAUUUUUUCGUUGCUUGCCAUUAUAAGGCUCUGGGUUUUCAGUUAUGCUUUUCCUGUAUUUUCAUUUUUAGCCGAUCUUUAAUGGGUUCAGGUUGUAAAUAACUACCAGACUAGAGUAUUUGUUAUGUCAUUCUACAUGUAGAUUAUAAGUCUAUUUACAGUCAGUGCCGUUUUCACUCUUCAGAUCAGUUUUAAUUCUUUUUUCCUUAUAAGCCUCUGUUAGCACACUAUACAGUAUCUUGGCACUUGUGACUUCAUGGAAAGAUAAUUACUUUUUAUUAUAACUGAACUUUUUAUUUUUCUGAUACUACUGUGACACACCCACACAGUUAAGUGUACGUGUGCGCAUGGUGUUUUCUUUACAGAGGAUGACUACUUCCUAAAGUAUCUGGGAACUGAUACUGUGUUGUAUAUGGACUCUUAGUGUGCUUUGUGAUUGCUUUUGAUACCAUCUUUUAUAUAUCAUCCUCCAACCCAUACUUCUGCUCAUAGUUGUGAGUUUCCUGUGUCAUGUAUCUACAAGAAUGUUUAAACGAACAAGUAAAAUUACUGCAUAGUCUAUAUAUAUUCAUAUAUGUAUUAAACAUUUUCUGCAAUUGCUUUAAGUAUAUUUAUGUACGAAUCUUUCAUAACCAUCCAGUUUGAGAAUACUGAACUGUGACAGUCCCACUGUGAAAUUGUAAAUAAUUUAUUUUUAUGUUAAUGAGGUCAAGGAAAGAAAUAGUUCUUGAAUUUUUAUAAAUAUGUUUUUCAUUGGUGGUCACAACUGAUCCUAUGUAUGUAUAAUAAUAAUAAUAAGAAGUUUUCACACAGAGAAAGAUGGGAUAUGCAACUUAUGAAACCAACUACUAUUAUCUGGCCUAGACCCAAAGAAAACAAGAAAGGAGAAGAAAAUGAAAGGUUGACACUGAAGGAACCAGGGAAACUUACCUUGUAAAAAGGUAGAAGGUUGUUCAAGUCACAAAAGAUAGAAGAAAGAAGGGAACGGCAAAAUUUGGCGGUAGAAAAAUAAAAAGGACCACCUAAUAUAUGCAAUCCGGGUGUUGCUGAUUUCCUUAGUAAAUGUUGGAAUAGGUGCUGUGGUAGGAAAGAGGUUGAAUAACAGCUUUAUCAAGUACAAUCAAAGAACGGAAUCUGUUACUAAAGUAGCAUGUACAAGUUUUUGUUGAGUACAGAUAAGCUAACUUAAAACAAGCUUUACUCUGCCAAUAGGCAUUCCAAAAUGAAGUAUAGCUACCACUUGAGUAUCAAAGCUGCAAUUGCAGUGUAAGUUACCCUGAUUGUAGUAGUGCUUUCAUAAUAUGCUAGUGAAGCUGCUUCCACUACAAGUAGACCAAAUGUUGUGUCAGUGAUUUUAUCUUUUUCCAAAACCCAUCAAUUCUAGUAAUUAGCGGGAAAUUAAUUUAAUGAUUAUAUUGAAACACUGAACCCAUUGUUGAAAUGUGGGUUCAUUCCACAUAUAAGUAAUAUUGUCCUAAAUUUUCACAUUCAUUUGACCCUUGGGUAUUUAAUUGCUGAUUUGCUGGACUAGGUCCCAGAAUGCAGAACAACACAUACAAACAAGCAUAUUUUAUUUCAUUGUCCAGUUGGUAGCCAACAACAGUUAUCAAGUACUGGAAACAAUGCCUUAAAAGAAUUUUUUUAGAAUCUUUAUCAUUUUCAAUAUAUACAAUGACUAAAUUUUUUUAAUAUGAAUAGAUAUAUACUAGGAAGAACCCCUGUGGGCCAGCUUUAUGACGUUAAGAAUGGUAACUCAGUGGCCUGUGGUUUGUGUUGCAAAGGAGGUCAGAAAUUCCUCCUCCACUCAAGGUAUUUUUAUUCGGUGAAGUAUCAGUAUAUAUAGUACAUAACACAUUAUCAAAUUACUGUAAUAGUAGUACAGAGGUAAUAAUGUGGUGUGUAUGCUGGCACAUUGCAAAGGGAACACAAUUUUACAUUUCACCUUCAGAGGAUUGAGAGCUAUAUUAUUUUGACUUUUGGGGGGUUUUCAGUAUGAGUUGAAAACUUUUGAUAGCUUUUACUGUGUUUAUGGUUGUGCAUUUUAAUAUAAAGAGGAUAUUUUUUUUUUAUUUUGUAGAGGAUACUAGGAUUUCCUAGGAGCAGAGUCUUUGUUUAAAACUUCUUGAUUUGAAGUAACUUCUUGUUGUUCUUUAGUCUUGCUGAGAACUUCUUGUAUGGCUUGAUCUGUCAUCACCACUAUUGUAUGUAAAAAGUGGUUAUCUGAUUGAACAAUUUGAUGACUUUAAUGCAAAGGUAACUUCCAAAAUCUGGUUCCCUUUCCUUCAGUACACCUGGGAAAUACUGUGGGAAAGUCAAGAACUUUUACAUAAUGUGGUUAUGGUUGUGCAUUUUGUUAUGAAGGGGAUAUAUCUUUUCAGUCAUCAGAGGAUACCAGGAUUUAUUAUUUUCUAGAGGAUACUACGAUUUCCUAGGAGCAGAGUCUGUGUUUAAAACUUAAUGGUCUAAAGUUACUUCUUGUACUUCGGUCUUGCAGAGUAUACUUCUUGUAUGGCUUGAGCUGUCAUCAUCGGUAUUGUAUAUAAAAAUUAUUAUCUGAUGAAACAGCUAAACUUGCAAAAGCUGGUACCCUUUCCUUCAGUAUACAUGGGAAUUAAGUAUAUGGAAAGUCAAUAACUUUUUAAAGAUGAAUAGGAAGAAUGAGGUACAAUGAAAGCUUGAGUUCAUCCAUGCAUCUUGAUCAAUUACAGUUCUGAAUUUGCUUUAUCAGGAGGUGCAUUUGAUUGUUGUGACCUUGUUCUAGGUCCAUGCAUUGUUUGCAUUAAUUAAGAUUAUUUAUUCACAUUCAGUCAAGUUUGAUGAGUUUUAGCAUUCACUAUGGCCUUUGCCUGCAUUCAAUGUGGCCUUUGCCUGGGCCAGUCUGCUGUCAUAGUGCUGAAUGUGGCUUUGCCACAUGUGACAGUUCAAGGAACAUGAAAUGUUGGAUAAUUUUUUCCCAGCUCCAGUGGAUGGGAAAAAUUAUAAAUGGUUGUCAUGUAUACUACUCCUCAUACCCAUCAAAAUGGAUAUAGUAGUGCAGUUAAAGGAGAAAGGUUGAAACAUUUUGAAAUUCAAGAAACUUUGGCUUUGCCACCAUCUUACCUGUCGUGAAAAACGGUGCCUCUUUGGACAAAACCAUACAAGAUGGGGAGACUUCCAUGACUGUUUUCCCACCAUGUUUUAUGUAGUAAGAGAAAAGCUUGUGUACCUGGAAUAGAACUGUGAACAAAUAAGGCAAAAAAUGAGAACUUUUAGACACAUAAGUAAACCCAUUAAGAUUAAAAUAAUUAUUUUUGUUCUUCGUUCUACCAGAUAUACACAAAGGAGGUAUACUUCCAAGUGCUGUUUUAUUUUUUUUUAAUUUAUUUAUUUUGUUUGGUGAUAUAUCAGAUACGAGAGCAGGCAACGCUUCUAAAGAAUGUUGUUUACCCCUACUUUCCCAGAAUGUCUUGCUGGUACCUUUAGCUGUAUGGGCCAGUUACAGCUUGAUGUGGUUGUAAAGAGAUGGUAAAGACAGCUGCUGCACUUGGGUUGUUUUCUGUUUUCAUCCAAUUUAAUGCAUAUUUGGGUUUCCUCUCUGUUUUCAAAAGUCCUAUGGCCCUGAUGUUUCCGAAAGAGAUUGCUUUUAUUUAAGGAAACAGACUUCUGUUUUAUUUUUCUGGGAUUGUGCUGUACAUGGGGUAUUGCUAUACUAUUUUCAUCUUGCUUCCUUUUUUCAUUAUAAAGAAAGAAAAUUUUUGUUGACCAUUACUGUGAUACUUUUCAAAGCAUACUACAUAUAUACUAAAUAAUUUCAUGUUAUGAAUUUAAAAAUUAUCCAGAAACCUUAUUUUUUGGAUUUUUUCUUUUUAAUGAAUAAUGGAAAGGCAAGAAAGAGAACAAAACUUUACAUUUGUGAGGCAGCCAGUCUAAUAUGUAAAAGGAAAAUGAUUUGAAUUUGUUUUUUAGCCUGGUUUAUGUUUUUCCAGUUUACUCAUAAUGUUUGUUAACAGUGCUCAAAGUGCUGAUCAGAAAAAAGAAAGCACACUCCCUAUUGUGCAAUAGAUUGCUGAAGUCAUAUUUUAUAUGACUUUACUCUAGUUUUCAUUGAAAAAUAAUUACUUUUGCUUUACUCUUCAUAUUUGCUUUCAAAAAGCUGUGUAGAGACAAUAUGUAAGGUUGAGAUUUCUGUUGAACUGCUUAACUUUUGAUGAUUUACAGUAUGUGAAUACCAUAACAGUUUUUUAAGUAUUUUUUCUUGCUGGAAAAUUGCAUCAGUGAAAGGGAAUUAAGCAAUGUUUUGUAAUUGUGAAAAGUUUUCAGUAAUUUAAGUAGUUUUUAUCAUUUUAUCAGGGGUAUUUUUUGUUCAGUAUGCAGAAGUGGCAAUGGUUUAUAUAACCACUGUAUCGUUCCAAACAAUGUAUUGGUUUACAUGUGCAACAUUUUUACUUUUGUAUCUUCUGUGAAGAUAUGACGUUUAGAAGUUUAAAGAUUCCAGUUUUGAUCCUUUUGCAUCAAGCCAAAUAUUUAUGUUGUGCAUCUGUGUUACAGGUAAUGCUGAUAUAUUUUAGUUGAUGUACUACAUAAACUAAAGUAUUUGAGUUCAUUUUAAUGAAAUAAGUCUGUCAUAAACUACCUUGUUUUUCCUUUCUAAAUUUUAUUUCUUAUCUUUUUUUUUUUUUUUUUUUAUAAAACCUGGAGAAUAAUGCAGAGGAUUUAAGUAUGUAGUCCGCCCAAUAAUGUAUUAAGCAUUAGCUCUUUUUUCCAAGCUGUAUUAUAUUUAAGAAAAAAAUAUCAAAUCUUUCAUCUUUAUAAUGGGACUGUCUGAGUCUGUUAAGAAUAUGGUAUAAACAUAUCAUUUUGAUUAUUGGUGCUGUGAUACACAUUGGAUUAUCUUUAAUAGUUCUGUGAAUAUUUCAUGAUUGAAUUCAAUGGUUAUCUUACUGUAUACAGUAAAACAUAGUAUUUAUUUUAGCACAAAAUACUGUACUGCAUAAUGUAAUGCAUUGGUUUUAUUGAUGCAAGUACAUAUAGAGUAUUUAAAUACUGUAUUGAAAGUUUUGAAUCUUGAUUAGGCUGCAUCUAAUUUCUUUUGGCCUUGAGAAAAUCAUUUAAACCUUUUAUGUUGGUCGAAAAAUCAUUUUAACUUAUGUGAGAAGGAUUUGCUGAUUAAACGAUAUUUUACGUAUAGAUUUGAUUUUUCGUAUUUCCACUUAAGUUUGAUAUUUAUGUUAUAUGCGGUAUAUUUGAGUUUUAAUAUUAUAGAUUAUAUUGCUUCAUUGCUAAAACAACUUUAAACAUUUGUAAUUCAGGUUUCCAAGCUUUUAUUUACUAAAAUGCUAGCUUGACAUGUUCACCCUUUAACACUACUGUUUCUACUGUUUCUACAGUUAUGGAGGAAGCUUUGUAACAAGAUUAGUUUUAAUGAUAAGCAACCAACCUUUGGAUAGAUAAUGUUUGGCUUAUCAGCAAAUCAACAAUGUGUGUGUGUGUUGAAAUUGCAAUGACUUUAAAAACACUAGCACUAAGUAGACUUUCACUUGUCAAUUAUUUGAGAUUGCUUCAGUGUUGUAGUAUGAUAUACAUUUUUUGUCAGUAAUUAAUCUUAAAAAUUUUAUUUAUAGAGACUGUGAUUAGUGAAUUCUGUAUAAUACAAGUGUGAUAUUUAGAAUUAUGUUAUUCAGGUGGAAAUAUAAAGAAAAGGUACUGUACUGUGGAGUUAACUUUCUUUUCAUGAUUUUCUUGUAUGACUCAUAAUUUGAAUAUGGUUUGAUAUCUUGAUAAUUAUAAAAAUAGAGGAAAGAAUGAAAGAAUAUACGUACGUAUAGAUGGCAUUGAGUUGUCUACAUUUAGGGGUAGUGUCUGCUUAUGUCAAUUUGUGAGGCAUGUGUUGAAAAUGCCAGGUAUUUGUCUUCUGUGUGCUUGAAUAAUUGCCUGUGUGAUGGUCUUCUGUUAACACCUUUGGGGCAAAUGUAGCUUCACUAUGGGAGAUAGAAUACAGUCUAAUUAUAUAAGUUUGCAAUCAAAAGUGUCUUUUGAUAUUGAAAGAUAGGCCUUUCUUUCCCAUUCAAAUAUUGAUUUUGCAAAAUAGAAAAAAAGAGGGAAUUUAAGUCCAUUUGAAUACACAAAUACACAAAGUUUGAAACAAUUUAUGCUUAUUAGUUAGAAUGCCUUCAGUUUAGACCUUCUGUUACACAUCUCUGGUGCAAAGACUGGUUAAAAGUCAGAGCAUUUUGCAAGUGUUGAUGUAGGCUGGAUUAUUCUACUUCAAAGUGAGUUUAACAAGACCACUAAGCCAUUUUUAGACUUUCAUAGGGCCAGAAUUAUUUUUUGUUGAAUAAAAAGGGAAAAUUAUUGCAAGACAGAAUUAAAGAAACUGGGGAGUAAUGGAACAGUCUGCUCAUUUUCAGUAGAUAUUCAGGAGGAUUCUGCCCCCUUAAUAUGGAUUAAAGAUUCAUGUAAUAAUACUUUUCUAUCUUUGGAAAGUAAGAAUUUUGAUUUUUGUUUACUCAAAAGACCAUUUGUAUGCCUAGCCAAAAUUAUUUCCCAUAUAAAUUUAUCAAAUGUCAUUUUGCUUAAUUAAUUUACAUAUAUGUAGUAUAUGAUGCCUGUUGCCUGUGAAAUCUGCAAUACGAAUGGAGCAAGGAAGUGAAGAAUUAGCAUUACUAGUUCUUUUAACAAAUUAUCUUUAUGCAUAAGAAGAAAAUUAUGGGAUCUCUGUCUGACCUCAAGAUAUUUAAGCCUUUUCAAAUGUAUAACCAUACGUAUAUACAUUAUUAAAUUUUGUAACUUGUAGCUUAUUUAUAACAGUUCUUUGCUGCUCACAAACUGAACAUUGCAGACAAAUGUUUUUUGCAGUUAGGCAUGUCUGGAGAAUUAAACAUUCAUCAUUUUUUUUUUAUUGCUAGGUAGUGCAAAUGCACAUGAAUUUUCUAUACGCAAAAUGCAAGAUAUGCAUAAUUAAAGGUAAUUUUACUGUAGUUGUUUAUUUCGUGUAAUUCUAACAUUUGAAAGAAGCAUUGUUGUAGACAAUGCUGUUAAGUACCAUAAAGUUUUGUGCAUUUGAUUGAUUGGAUAGUUGGUAACAAACUUUAGUAGUGAAAUUACAACUUUAUAGCUCUUACAUAAGUAGGAAGUACAUGUAGAUUGUGUCCUGCCAUAAGAUAGACUGAAUCAGAAUAAUAGUUGUUGCUCAUGAAAUUUUCAGUGCCUCUCUGUACCUAAUACUAGUUUUAAGCCCCUAUAUUUAUAUCAGUGAAGCAUGAGAAACAGAGUUGUUUUUGUACAAAGAUACAAACCAUUGCCUUCAUUCUGUAGUUACUUUUGUAACUCAAAGAGCAAGCUGACUUUGGUGAUUAUGUUGAAAGCAUCUAAUUUUAGGAUGGUCAGGACUGCUCCUCUGGUGGGUUAUGCCCUUACUUUCCUUACUCCUUCAGUCAUGGUUAUGCUUCAAUCUGUAGUGACUGCAUAUCUAACUAGUAAUUUAUUUCUAAAUUAAAUCCUUCUGUUGCCACCACUGAUUUAUACUUCUUAUUUCAUCUCUAUUUCUGUAGUUGCUCACAUCACUCUGUUUUGUUAUUUCAAAGGCAAUAGGUGCUUAGUAUCAGGUAGUGCCAUAGCAUAGUAGUAGCCUGUUGCUUUUGUGAAGAUACUCUAGUUCAUCUGUAAAAAUCAUACUUCUUUACACUCAGUUCUUCAUUUAAGAGCUUAUGUAGGCUUCUUGUCAUCUUGUUUUCAGAAAAAAGAACCAUCAUUACUUUGGUGUGAUUUUUGUAGGAAUAAAAACUGAACUAAUGAAUAAAUGAGUGGACUGCUUUUGACUUAGGACAAACUUGUUUUUGGUAGCCAUUGUGAGUCCUCUAAGGGAGUUACACUCAUGCCCCCCCCAGGGGUCAAGGAUCACCCUUUGUUCGGAGGAAUGCUUCUUGGGGAUGCUGAAGAUUGGUGGCAAAUGUAGCCAUCUUUCAUUAUGGUCCCCUUUAAAAAAAAAAACUACUUUAGGGCAGCGAUACAGUGAGACCACCUCUACCCUAGGCCUUUGAGAAUUAUGCUGUGUCCCCCAAGGAUAGGACUUCCACUGCAUGUUAUGCUGUAGAAGACAACACCAACCAUGCAAGUCCUAUAGGGCUCCACCUUCUCCAUUCCUUGUAAGACACAGCCCAGGAGUUAAGUUUCUUUCUCAUGGAAAGUAUCUUGUUUGCUUUGAAAUGGGUGCUAUUGCUAUUGUUGCCCUUUCUUCUGUUGUCAGAGGGGUCUUUUAGUAGUGAGUGGAGGCUUCUAUGGCUCUGAUUCACAUCAAGUUUUCUUAGUCUAAGGAAGAGAAAACUCUCAAGGGUAAUGUUUCUUAGAUUCUUCUUUGUCAAGAACAGUAUACAGUAUAUUGUGCAAUUCUGUUGUUGGGCUCAUUCAGUGAGUUGUGCAACAGCACUUCCAGAAAGUCAAAGAGUGUUUUGGCUACUGCAGUCAACAGUGUUCUAGAAGACACUGAAGGUUCUUCAAUAGGUGGAGUCUAGCAUAAAAUUCAACCAUGGCUAUCCUGAGAUUUUUCUUGUAGGGUGCCAAAAUGGAGAGUAGCCAUGCCCAAUGAGAGCUUUUUCCUCUCAUAAGGGAGGACAAAUGUUGCUCGUUCCCCUGUAGCACUAUCAGAUACUGGUAUGGUGGAGAUCAUAAUAAUGAUAAUACGUAUUAUUAUUGUUGUUAGCCAAAGCUUCUGUAUUAAUAUAUCCAUCUACAGUCUUAGGAAUUGUGGUCCUUUACUUGAAUGCUCACAAAUGAAUGCUUUCAUUUAUUUAUUUAUUUAUAAAUUUAUUUGUUCAUUUAUUUAUGUACAUACCUAUUUACAUAUACAAUUUAAUUUUAAUUUUUUAAUAAUAUUUUGUACAUUUAACUGAAGCUAUUGUGUUAUCCAUUUUCGUCCUUGAUGCUCUUUUUCAUGUGCUAUACGCAUGUACUUACAUUCUGUUCUGUGGAGUCAUGCUAGAUGACCUAUGAACACCCAAUAGCCAUUUCCCUUCAGUUGCUCCAUGUGAAAUGGACAGAAUUAUAUGUCAUAAGAUGAAAAAUCGUCAUUCUACUUCACCAUAUUUUAUUGUUUUAUUUAUUGUCUACCUUAGGAAAAGGCAAAAACUUACCUGCAGGCGAAACAUCACCGCAGUUUCCCCUUGAUGCUCCUAAUUUCACAACAACUUUCAUUUUACAGAAUGUUGUCAUGGAACACUGUCAACUUUGGCUGAAUACAGCAACUGAAAUCCCACCAUUCCUUUUUAAGCUUCAUUCCCCAUAUGUACUACCUAGUUUAUCAUUUACAUUGUGCCAUACAUUCCUCAGCAUAGGCAGUAAUGAAGGUUUUUGGUUAUACAUAUCUCUUUGGCUCCAACUGCAUUGCUUUCAGCCUUUUACUUUUUAUGAGUUCCCUUUGAUCUUGUUACUUAAAAUUCUAACUUUAAUUUUCCCCUGCUCCAAUUUUUACCUAAAAUUUAGAGCACUUCCUAUGAGCAAGGUCUCUGAAAGUCUUGAAAUAUGACUGAAUGAUCUAUUUGAACUCAUUUAUAAUAUGUAAUGAUAAUGCAGUCUCGUGAAGUAAACUUCGUACUACUUGUGAACAUUUGUUUUAAUUACAACAUUUAUCUUUGGUUUUGCCUCUACCAAAUGUAAUAACAUAUUGCAUAUCGUUCUAAUUGGUCCUAUAUGAGAAGUUAAGUUGAAAGUCUUUAUCCUCCUUUGAUCUUUAUUCCAGAGGCAUUAGAAAACAAGAGGCAAAGGAUUUGAGGAUAUAGAAAAAUAAAGGUAUACCAAAUGCAUUAUUUUCCUUACUUUCUGGGAUAACAGAGACUUUAGAUAUUCAUAAGUUCUUGAGACAUCCUGACCUUUGAAGUAACAAAAGUGUCACUAAUAAGUCAAUGGUUUGUUUUCUACAUAUAUAGAAUUUUUUUUUCUUUUAUAAAAUUACAUUUAAUGUGUGUAGUAUUUUCCUUUUACGUAUUUGAGAAAUUUUGUUUUAGAUAAAGUGAAAAACUGCUGAGUCCUGAUAAUUCCAAUAAGAGUAAAAUAUAACCUUAAGAAGCAGUGUCUUUUUCUGAUAAAAGUUAUUUCUUUAAUGUCUACUACUCUCCUUAUUGGAACACAAACAGAAAAUUGUUAAUUGUCCAUCAGUUAGAUUUAGUUAUAAGUUAGGUUUGUGAAAUACAUGCCUAUGUCUCAAUCAUUAAUUAAUUUCCAUUUACCCUAUUUACCACUUGUAUAAAAUUGUUACCAAUAGCUGAUUCUAUAUGUAUGUAGUUGUUAACGGUUUUUAGGUUUUCAACACAUUUUCCUCUCACUUUUAAAAUGUCAAUGAAAUCCUUCUCCCUCCCUAGCCCAAGGCUGGCAUAUGACCAGUGGAUUUGCUCGUGCUUUGUCUAAAGUGCAUCAGUGUACUUAUUGUGAUAAACAAAAGUAGUAAGUAAAUGAUGUGUAUGAAAAAAGAGAAUUAACAGUUUUUACCAAGUUAUCCUGUGGGAGAUUACUUCCAGUAAUUGCACGAGCAUAAAGAAACUAAACAGUCUUUAUGGAGAUACAGUGGAAUUUCUAGCGAUUAUCUAGAAAAGAUAAGUCUAAUAACAUCAAAUGUAUACAGUAUAUUAGUUGCACUAAAGAUAAAGUUUCUUAUGGCAUUAUCAAGUAGGUUUCUAGAUGGUAUACCCUGUUCCAUAUACCACUAGUAUCCACUAUCCCAUGUGGCACAAGUAGUAAGAGCUCAAUGUCUCAUUAAAAAUGUAGGUUAAUGAUGAAAACAACUACAAUUAAUAUGGUUAUGUUUUCUUUUAUUCCUUAUUUUCUGCUCAAUCUUUUUAUGAAGCCAUCUUCACUUAUGUAUUCUGUGUCACGUUGUGUGUGGUUAGUGUGUUUUUCAUAAUUUCCUUGGUUCCAUAACCUUAAAAUACAAUUACAUUAAGGCAUACCUUCCUUUUCUCAUGUUCCAAAGUUGAUGUCCCUCCCCCCCUUCCUUUUUUUUUGUGCAAAAAUUUAUGUGGACUGUGAAUAAGAUGAUCAAAGUUAUCAGUUCUGGGACAUAUUAAUGACCAUCUCCAAGUUAAUAUUUUUUGUCCAUUAGUUAAUACUGUACCAGAAAUAUAAUAAAUCAAUGACAAAUAUUUGUACACAAACAUUUCUUAACGUUAUAUGUAUUACUGUUUUUAUGUAAAACACAACAAAUAUGUUGUUCCUGUGUAAAGAAGUGCUAUAAUUUUGUGUUAUAUCAGAGGUGCUUUAAAAUCUGGUACUUUUCCAGUAAUAGUACACACCCAAAAAACAUGUUAGUGUAUGUAGCGUCAUUUUGUGAAACUGACCAUAGGUCAUUUAGCACGGUGAAAUCCUCUACAUUGUCAAUUAUUUCGUACAUAUCAGUCAAUGGUUGAAGUGCAUCAUCAGUUUUUUUUUUUUUUUUUUUUUUUUUUUUUUUUUUUUUUUUUCUCUCCAAGAGCACUUUUGUGCCAUCUUUUUUAUGAGGGUUAGAUUUCUUAAUGUAAAGGUGUUUGCAUAAGAUUCUUUCAUUGCAGUGAAAUGAUUUUGUGGAUGUAUCAUGCAUUCUUUGGUUGUGAAGAGGAAGAGUAUUCUAGUCACUUCAGUCAAGAAAAAAAAGCAUUUUUGAAGUAUUUCACUUCAUACCUUUAUGAACUUAUUUUAUACAACUGUGAACAUAUUUAUUGGUGAUCAAAAGUGCUAAAUCAUAUACAGUAGAAGAUUUAAUUGUUAUAACAUAAUGUGUGUUUUAAGGGUACAUAUGAUAGUCUUCCAAAUUUUUUCAUGUCAUACCUGUAUAUUGCUGAAAGUAGAAUUUUUUCCAUUACCGAGUUUGUUUUGCUGUAAUGUUUGUGAACGGUACGUUUAUUCUCAUAUUUUUGUGUAUAUUGAUGUAAAUGCUGUACCAGAAACGUAGGUACACUCGUGUGUAUGUGAAUAUCUCCACAGUAGAGUUUAAUUUCAAGUCUGUACUAUAUGCAUCACAUAGAGAUUUAAUUCUUGACUAGAUUGGAUGUCAAAUUUAAUAAAAUAUAAGAAGGCAGAA